AUGACAACGCCCCGUCGGGCUCAGAUCGUGUCCCAGUGGUGGCCUUUCCGGGGGCAGCAGGCCAUGGGGUGGCAGGAGCAAUCUGCCAAAAUGCUCCCAGGCUGCGGAGCCAUUUGCCUGCAGCGGGCGUUCCUGCGGGACGGGGUGCGGAGGGUCCCGGUGCGGGACGGGAGGAUCCGGGCGACGCUUUUCCUGCCCCCCGGAGAAGACCCCUUUCCAGGGAUCAUCGACAUACAUGGAUACAUUGGAGGUCUUUCUGAGCACAGAGCCAGCCUGCUGGCCAAUCAUGGGUUUGCCACACUGGCCCUGGCUUAUUUCAGCUAUGAGGAUCUGCCCCGGGAGCCAACUGAACUCCACCUGGAGUAUUUUGAAGAGGCGCUGAACUACAUGCUGCAGCACCCACAGGUGAAGGGACCAGGGGUUGGCCUGCUCGGUUACUCCAAAGGAGCUGAUCUGUCCCUCGCCAUGGCCGCCUUCCUGAAGAACAUCACAGCCGUUGCCUCCCUCAAUGGCCCUGUGGCCACUACAGUUAUUCCUCUCUGUUACAAGGAUAAAACCAUCCCUUCUCUGCCCAUCGAUGAACAACUGGCCAAGGUCAAUGAUUCCAAUAUUCUUGAUUGUUCUGACACCCUUAGUGACCCCUUUCAAGCCCCCGGCAACCAAAGCCUGAUCCCACUAGAGAAAGCCGAGGCACAGUUACUAUUCAUUGUUGGACAAGACGACCACGUUGUCAAAAGUGAGUAUUAUGCUACUGAAGCCUGCAAGUACUUGCAGGCUCAAGGGAAGGACAAUUUCCAGAUUCUGUCUUACCCUGGAACUGGGCACUGCAUUGACCCUCCCUUUUUCCCUUUGUAUCCCAUAGGAAAGCAUCCAGUUUUUGACAAGUGGGCAGUGCUGGGUGGGGAGCUCAGGGCUUAUUCUAAAGCUCAGGUUCACGUGUGGCCACAGAUCCAGGCUUUUUUCAACAAAUAUUUAAAUGACAACUAA